UCAAGAGUCUCCUCCGACCUGAGCAGAGCCGAGGGGACCUGAGCUGCAGAGAGACCGCGCAUCUCCCCCACCCCGGCAUCCCCUGUGCCAUCAGCCAGCUCUUGGCAUCCCACAGAUACAGACUUGGGAUUUUUGCUAGACCGGGAAGAUGGCAGUGUCCCUGUCCGUGCUGGGAUGGGUGGGUUCUGCCUCAGUCACUGAGAUCCUCCUGGCCUCCACCGUCUUCUGCCUGGUCUUCUGGAUCAUAGCCUCCAUCGGUGAGAAGGUGCCCCCCGGGCUGAAGAGCCCCCCGGGGCCCUGGGCUUGGCCCCUGAUCGGUAACACCCUGGAGCUGAGGAAAGACCCUCAUCUGACGCUGACGCGGAUGAGCCAGAUCUACGGAGACGUGAUGCAGGUUCAGAUCGGGACCACCCCAGUGCUGGUGCUCAGCGGGCUGGGGACCAUCAGGCAAGCUCUGGUCAAGCAGGGGGAGGACUUCAUGGGACGACCCGACCUCUACAGCUUCCAUUACAUCGGGGACGGGGAAUCCCUCGCCUUCAGCGCUGACUCCGGGGAGGUGUGGGCCACUCGCCGGAAGCUGGCUCAGAACGCCCUGAAGACCUUCUCCCUCACCUCCUCACCAUCCUCUUCCUGCACUUACCUGGAGGAGCACGUCAGCGAAGAGGCCACUAGCCUGACUGGGAAAUUCCAGGAACUGAUGAAGGAGAAGGGGCGCUUCGACCCCUACAGGUACGUGGUGGUCUCCGUGGCCAACGUCAUCUGCGCCAUGUGCUUUGGGAAACGCUAUGACCAUGAUGACCAGGAGCUGCUCAGCAUUGUCAACCUGGGUAACGAGUUUGGGGAAUUCGCUGCUUCGGGGAAUCCUGCAGAUUUCAUCCCCAUUCUCCGUUACCUCCCGAACCACAGUCUGAGAAACUUUAAGGACCUGAACAAGAAGAUGGUUGAUUUCCUGCAGAAGAUAUUGAUGGAGCACUACAGAACCUUUGAAAAGAACCAAGUCCGAGAUAUCACAGACUCUCUGAUCAAGCACUGCCAGGAUAAGAAGUUGGAUGAGAAUGCCAACAUUCAGCUUUCCGAUAAGAAGAUUGUGAAUGUGGUCCUGGAUCUCUUUGGAGCUGGUUUUGACACUGUCACAACUUCCUUAUCCUGGAGCCUCAUGUACCUGGUGAAGUAUCCUGAGAUCCAAAAGAAGAUCCAGAAGGAGCUGGAUACCGUCAUCGGCAGGGACCGCAGGCCCCAACUCUCAGACAGAUCCCUGCUGCCGUACACAGAGGCCUUUAUCCUGGAGUCAUUCCGACACUCUUCCUUUUUGCCCUUCACCAUUCCGCACAGUACAACGAGAGCCACAUCUCUGAACGGCUAUUACAUCCCCAAGGGACGCUGUGUGUUUGUGAACCAGUGGCAGAUCAACCAUGACCCGGAGCUGUGGGAGGACCCGUCUACCUUCAGGCCAGAGCGCUUCCUUACCGAAAAGGGGACCAAGAUCAACAAGGCUCUGAGUGAGCGGGUGAUAAUGUUUGGCUUGGGCAAAAGGAAGUGCAUUGGGGAGACCAUUGCACGCUGGGAGGUCUUCCUUUUCCUGACCACCCUUCUGCAGCAGAUGGAGUUCAGCAUCCAGUCCGGGGGGAAGCUGGACAUGUCCCGGAUCUACGGGCUGACCAUGAAGCACCCACGAUGUGAACACUUCCAGGUCCGCCCGCGCUUCUAAAUAAUAAUAAUGGUGGCAUUUAAGUGCUUACUAUGUGCGAAGCACUGUUCUACUCACCAAAGACUCUGGACUGAGCCUCUGGGUUACCUGGUGACUCUGUGGGGAAUUCCCCCUUAUAACAUUAACCUCCAAAGAUGGCACUGGAGAGUCCUAAACUACAAUCUUCACCUAACUUUUACUAACCCAACUCAUAGAUUGACUUUGGAAUUCUGGGUCAUAACCUAAUGAGAGAACUCAUUCUUGGAAACAAUCAAUCGAUGAUAUCUCUCUUGAGCAC